AUGACUGAGAGUCAUGGCCGUGGCACGCUGAAUCUCCCUGAAGGGUCGCGAAGCGAGGCAAUUCGACGCAUUCGGUGGCUCAGGCAUCACGGACCAACAGCGUUUUCCUCGGGAAUCUUACCGCUCUCCUUGUCCAUCCAGAUACAGCCUCAUGCUCCCAAUCAGAUGAUCUCAUCAUCUUUACGGACGGGUACAACGGAACUUUAUGCGCAGCACGGUGGUAUAGACACUUUCCGCCGCCUCAUCGAUCUCUUUGUCGAGCAAUUUGGCUGUCAAUACCCUUUCCUGACUGCCGAUCUGCUGAGGCAGAUGCUGGAUGCCCACGGGGAGGAGUCCUUUCUACUCAACUGUGUUGCAGCCUUAGCGGCUAGUCACUCUGACGACCCCAGGGUGGCCGUUCAGGGCAGUCCGAAGCAUGAGAACGGUCUCCCUUGGUACAAUCGCGCUCGCUCCAUGAUGGGUAUGGUUAUGGGUAUACCUCUACGAGAGACUAUCAUGGGAUUCGUGCUACUGGCGGCGGUGAACAUGGCUGGUGUCCCGCCAGGAGAGUCUUGGAUGACGACGGGGAUCGCCGUGCGGAUGGCAGGCGAUCUUGGCCUCCACCUCAAAGAAAUGGUAACCGACUCAUCAGAAAGUCUGAGUGACAGCCAAGUAUUUGGCAAUGUUCUCAUGCGGGAUCUUGUCGUCUCUCUCGGCGUUGGCAGGCCAACAGCCUUCAGGCUGGAGGAGAUCACGAGAACAUAUCGCCACGAGGGCGAGAGCCUCUUCGAAUGCGCGGUGAGCCUCAUGCUGGCGCACGCCAAACUCGUCAAUCAUCUCAAUAUGAGAGAAACGGAGGGAAAUAGAGGCUCAAAGAUCCAACGAGCAAAACAAGAGCUGAUGGACUGCUAUAAUGAGCUUCCACAGAGCAUGAGGUGGAAUGCUAAGCAGUAUCGCGUCCAUUAUACGGCCAAUUCUGGAUCAGCAUUCCUGGAGAUGCAUUUAUGGGCGAUGGCGAUGCUCACAAUGUCCUCCGACAUUUCAUCUUCCAUGGAGAUGAUCGAGCUCGCAAAUGCCGUCGAUGCUUCAACUCUCCUGACUCUUCCCUUCAUCGCGCAUCCCCUGUACCGAGCCGCGACAAUCCUUGUUGACCAAAUUGAGGAACUCCGUGGUGUCGACGUGAUGGGUGAUAUGGAUCAAUGCCUUUGGCAAUCAUUCAGACAACCGUGUGCUCAAAAGAUGGUCGCGGUCUUGCAGCAAGCGUUGGACAGCUUGGGAGACUACUAUCACGGCGUGAAGUGGAUCAGUAAUGCCCUAACCAAAAGACUCCAGGGUGUUCAGCAUCCGCCCGUUGAUACGCAAACAGGCAGCGGGCUGGCUCAAACCGUCUUCGAAUAUGCUUUACCGCGCAGAUACAGAGAGAACGAUGCAUGCGUGAACUGA